AUGGCCGCCUCAUUCUUGGAAAAGGUCAACUUCAGUAUUGAUCAGCCCUUCGGCAUCAGGCUGGACGACUACUUCAGCCAGGCAUACAAACUCGUCACCGGCAAAUCGAUCGACUCUUUCGCUUUUCAGAAGGGCAUCACGCCUCUGUCGACCCAAUAUGAAGUCACCAUGUGGACUAUCACCUACCUUAUCGUCAUCUUCGGUGGCCGCCAGAUCAUGAAGAAUCAGAAGGCAUUCAAGCUGAAGCCCCUGUUUAUCUUCCACAACUUCCUGUUGACCCUCGCCUCCGGUGCAUUGCUUCUGCUGUUCAUCGAGAACCUGGUUCCCAUCAUUGCGAGACACGGCCUGUUCUACUCUGUCUGCGAUGAUGGCGCCUGGACCCAACGAUUGGAGCUGCUCUACUACCUCAACUACCUCGUCAAGUACUGGGAACUGGCCGACACAGUCUUCUUGGUUCUCAAGAAGAAGCCUCUUGAGUUCCUGCACUACUAUCAUCACUCGAUGACCAUGAUUCUGUGCUUUACCCAGCUCGGAGGCCAAACAUCCGUCUCUUGGGUUCCCAUCACCCUAAACCUGACUGUGCAUGUCUUCAUGUACUAUUACUAUAUGCGAUCUGCCGCAGGUGUCCGCAUCUGGUGGAAGAAGUAUCUUACCACACUUCAGAUCAUCCAGUUUGUCCUCGAUCUGGGCUUUAUCUACUACUGCUCUUACCACUACUUCACCUCCGCACACUGGCCCUGGGCUCCUUACUCCCGCAAGUGCGCCGGAACUGAUGGCUCCGCCGCCUUUGGAUGCGGCCUCCUCUCAAGCUACCUCUUUCUCUUCAUCAACUUCUACCGCCAAACAUACAACACUAAGGCACGUGGAACGAGCGCAAAGUCAAGUGCUGACAAGUCUGUGGCUGUCCCCCCCAAGAAGUCCAAGAGCAAGCAUAUUUAA